AUGGGGUCUGUUUUUUUCAUUGCAGGCGGAUAUGCUGGAGCGCCGACGCCAAGUGGUCAGUUGGACCUCUCGGUGUCCACCGGCAGUCGUUCCUUCCAGCAGGCCCCAACCUCGGCCUACGUCUCUGACGGUGGCCGCUUCAAUUACGACGAAGGCGACUCCACGCCGUCUCUGCCCUACUACAACCCUCAGCGUGCCAGCGCCCCUCUCCCCCCGCCUCUUGGCAUGUACGACCAAAACUAUCGCAAUUCCUACCAGAACAACGCUUCAAUGACCGCUGCUGCCGUCGCAGCCGCUGCCUACAGCUACCACUACCAGCAGCAACAAUUACAGCAGCAGCAGCAGCAGCAACAAUUACAGCAGCAGCAGCAGCAGCAGCAAGAAACCGAUUCACCCUACGACCGGGUCCCCUACGACUACGGCCGGAAUCGGUAUCUUUUUUGA